GUGCAGCAGCCUGGUCCAUUUUCUGUCUCCCCAGCCCUUCCAGCUCUGCACAGACUGUCUCACUAUCCAAGUGUCCACCUCCAGGAGAAGCUGAGUCCAACCUGGGAGUGGCUGGGAGGAGACCAGUUUGCAAAGCAGGCUCUGAAGCUGAAGUUCCCAAAGAAGUUUGCUGAUCCUGUCAUACUGCCUUUAGUAGAAUUUGCCUGGCAUGAAUAUUUAGAGGAGAAAAAGAAGGAGCUGAGAGGUGAGGUGUGGGCUUAUUCCUCCUCGGUGAUGUGCUUCCUGGAUGGGCAGCUGCUGGGGGACGAGCAGGAGCUGCUCAAGUGGGCUCUCCGUGAGUGGGACUAUCGUGACUUCAGGCCCAAGGCCCUUUACCAGGCCAUUGCUGAGGAUUUCUACAGCAAACAUCUGAGAAGCAGCCAGCACGUCUUUGUGUUCCUGGAGAUCACCAUGGAUGAAGAGCCCGUGGGGAGGCUGCUCCUCGAGCUCUUCUCGGACGCCUGUCCCAGGACCUGUGAGAAUUUCCGUGCUCUGUGCUCGGGAGGAGCAAAGUCUCUCUGUGAUGGGCGGGAACUCACCUACAAAAACUCACUGUUCCAUCGCGUGGUGAAGCACGGGUGGAUCCAGGGAGGAGACAUCAUAACUGGGAAGGGAGACACAGGAGAGUCGAUUUAUGGUCCCACCUUUGAAGAUGAAAGCUUCUCCGUCCCUCACAAGGGCAGAGGGGUCCUGGGCAUGGCCAACAAAGGCCGCCACAGCAACGGGUCGCAGUUCUACAUCACCCUCCAGCCAUCUCCCUACCUGGACAGAAAAUAUGUGGCUUUUGGGCAACUGAUUGAGGGCACAGAGCUCCUCCAGAGGCUGGAAGAUGUACCUACAGUUAAUGAGAGGCCCACAGUGGCCUGCAAGAUUAUCAACUGUGGGACCUUUGAGCCGUGAUCACCAGCUGGUCCUCCUGCCUGCUGGAGGGCAGGGCACCAUCUUCCACUGGGCUUUGCACAGCCUGUGGUGGCUGCCACCCCGGGGAAAAA